AUGUGGAACUUGUUCGCCGCAGUUUUUGUUCUUGCGGCGGAAGCAGAAAAGUAUGGACAGUUCAAGGGCAAUUUCGUCAAGAAAGAGCCUCAGAGAUCGAACAAAUUAAGAAGAAUGGUGAACAGACGAAUCAGAAAAUACCCGAUAGAAAUGGUUGAUCCAAAGAAAGAAACACCCCUUCAAAGAAUCAACGACGAUCUGUUUUUGACGCCCUUCCAAGUUGAAAAGAUCUCGCAAAUGACAAGAACAAGCGCGGCUAGCUGGAGAACGGAUUUUUCCGCGGUCGGUAGAAUGGAUCUUCGAGGCGCUGCCACGAUUGCACCUCGAUGGAAUAUCACGAAUUCGAAUGGACAGACUAUCGUUCCUUUUCGCUUUAACGAAAACUUUCCGCAAAGAUGGAGAUCCUACGUUGUUGACUCGAUUCAAAGCGUGUCUUCAUACAUUCAAGGUUGCAUUUUAUUCGAAGACGAUACAGAGAACAAGAAAUACCACGACAAUUUCAUUGAGAUCACGUGUGCCAAUCCUCAAACAGGUGGUUUCAAUCAAGGCUGCUGGUCAAGCCUUGGAAUGGUCGGAGGAGCGCAACGAAUGUCACUUGAAACUCCAGACUGCAGCACAAACAGAGACCCGAAAUUCAGAGCUUGUAUGAAUAAAGGUACCAUUCAACACGAGUUCAUGCACGCCCUUGGAUUCCUCCACGAACACAUGAGACCUGAUAGAGACGAAUAUGUAAGAAUUCAUGAGCAGAAUGUGUUUCCUGGAAUGGAGCCACAGUUCGCGAAAAUUCAAGGAAUCGAAUACCAAUUUAUGGAUUUACAAACGCCCUACGACACUCGAUCCGUCAUGCAGUAUCCCUUCCAUGUGUUCUCGAUGAACCACAAAGACACGAUCACGCCGCGCGGCGGAAAGGACAAAUUCGAGCUUGGCAACUUCGAAAUGAUGACAUCUAUCGACGCUCUUGAAGUGUACAACAUGUACAGCUGCAAAAAGUUUGGCGAGUUCAGCAGAGAUUCAUGUCGAAAUGGGCGACCCUUGCUCUACGGAAGAAGAUGCGACCAGUUCAUUGAGUGCUCAGACAAAUCGGACGAGGGUGCCCAAUGUCUUCAGGAGUACGGCUGCUGUACGGGCUCCUUCCAAGUCUCUUUCCGUGGCGUCAAAAAUGUUUAUUUCACUUAUGCUGGCUUCGACGAAACAACGAAUCGUCCCUACUAUGUCGGUGGCCCCUGGCCAGAGUCCCAGCGAUUCGUCAUUUUCUACGGCUACUAUGUUGGAAGAGAAAGCAGAAAUUGUGGAGAUAUGCGAGGCAUUGGCCACUGGAUGAUUGGACAUGGAAGCAAACCUUGGAGCUGCGAGAAGAUCGCCGGUAACUUGAAAAACUUGUUGGAAAUCGUCGAGUCGGAGGAUCAAUGCGCCGAUGAUAUGCCUUUUAUUUCGGAUAAAUUUUGCGUGAACCCGGAAGAAAUUACUACGCAAUUUGUUCCGUUUGUUGAAACAACGCUUCCUGAGACAACUUCUACAACUACAACGACUUCUACUGCCGAAGAGACAACAUCAACAACUUGGUCAACGACAACAAGAGGAACUUAA